UGUAUUGCCUUUUAGAAGAACAACACACCAUAUUUUAGGCUUUUCGUCUCACUCACUCUACCUCUUCUUCUCGCUCUUUAUCUCCCUCUUCGACUUGCAGAGGAGGCUAAACCCUAAUCGACUCCGAUCACUGCGGCCUCUAAAUUCCAGUUGCUACAAGAUGACUCAAGACGUGGAGAUGAAAGAGGUCCCGGCCCCUUCCAAUUCAGUCUCUUCUACUACUCCCACAACUCUCCACCAUUUGAAGGAGAUUGCUUCGCUUCUUGAGACCGCUGCGUACUCCAAGGAGGUCCGGCGAGUUGUCCGCGCCGUUAGGCUGACGAUGGCGAAGAGGCGGAAGCUGAGUGUCUCUGUGCUCUCGGCGUUUCUCAGUUUCGCCUUCUCGCCGGGAUCUGAGGCUCACACCCGGUUGUCCUCCUACCUUCCGAAGGACGAUGAGCAUGACAUGGAUGUUGAUACUGCAACUUCCGCAACUCAAGUUCCCAAGAAACAUGCCUCGCCUGAGCUAGAGAUUUACUGCUACUUGCUGGUGCUGAUUUUUCUGAUUGAUCAGAAAAAAUACAGUGAGGCUAAAGCUUGUGCCACAGCAGGCAUUGCUCGACUAAAGAACAUGAAUAGGAGAACUAUUGAUGUUCUGGCAUCAAGGCUCUACUUCUAUUACUCUCUUAGCUAUGAAUACACCGGUGAUCUUGCAGAAAUUAGAGGGAACCUUCUUAAUCUUCAUCGAAUUGCAACUUUGCGCCGUGAUGAGCUGGGCCAGGAGACACUUCUGAACCUACUGCUUCGCAAUUACCUGUCAUAUAACCUAUAUGAUCAGGCAGAGAAACUGAGGUCCAAGGCUCCUCGAUUUGAGGCUCACUCAAACCAGCAGUUUUGUCGGUAUCUCUUUUAUCUGGGAAAGAUCAGAACCAUUCAGUUGGAGUAUACUGAUGCAAAGGAGUCCCUUCUUCAAGCUGCUAGGAAAGCCCCUGUAGCUGCCCUUGGCUUUCGAAUUCAAUGUAACAAGUGGGCAGUUAUCGUACGCUUGUUGCUUGGAGAAAUCCCUGAGAGGACUGUGUUUAUGCAAAAAGGAAUGGAGAAGGCUUUGAGGCCAUACUUUGAACUAACAAAUGCUGUGAGGAUUGGUGACUUGGAACUAUUCAGAACUAUAGCUGACAAGUUCUCGAAUGUGUUUAGCUCAGACGGAACCCACAAUUUGAUUGUGAGGCUGCGACAUAAUGUUAUAAGAACAGGGUUGCGUAACAUUAGCAUCUCGUAUUCUCGAAUUUCUCUGGCUGAUGUUGCCAAAAAGCUGAGAUUGGACUCCCCCAACCCUGUUGCUGAUGCUGAAAGUAUUGUGGCCAAGGCAAUCCGAGAUGGUGCAAUUGAUGCCACUCUGGAUCAUGCAAAUGGAUAUAUGGUGUCAAAGGAAACUGGAGAUAUCUACUCUACAAAUGAGCCCCAAGCUGCAUUUGAUACAAGGAUUGCUUUCUGCCUCAAUUUGCACAAUGAUGCAGUGCGAGCACUAAGGUUUCCACCAAAUUCUCACAAGGAGAAAGAAAGUGCUGAGAAAAGGAGGGAGAGACAGCAGCAGGAGCAAGAGCUUGCAAAGCAUAUAGCUGAGGAGGAUGAUGACGAAUUUUGAAUCAAUUAAAAUUGGAGAAGACAUCCGGAUGUUACAUUGCAACGCCCAGCCAGAAAAUUUUCAGAUUAAUGGGUGUCUCAUUGACCUAUUUGCAUUGCAUGUUACAGUGGACUGCCCAGCUCGAAUAUUUUCAGUUUUAUGGUGUCUGCUUUACUUGUGAUAGUAUGUGAUUCCAUUUGUGUUGUAGGAUUAUUCUGUUAAAGCCGCCAGAGUUGUCACUCUUUCAAUCAUAUUUUGAGGCUGCUUGUUCUUUCUUUCCCCUAAUUAUGACAGAAAAAAAUUGAAUA